AACCUGUUUUUUUGUUGUUGUUUCAGAAUUAAUUUCUGGUUAUAGUGAUUUAUUAAGAAAAUAUGGAUGUUGAUCUAGAACUGAUAUCCAGCUGUGACAGACCAAGACUCUCUAACAGUUUAAAGUUAGAAAGUGUGUGUUUAUUGCAAGAUUACUCCCAAAUACACACCGCAAUUUACAGGUUGUGAUUUCAUGGAUCUGAUUUCCUAAGGCAGUGCUGAGGAAGGGAUUGCAAACCCAUCAGGCCAUGGCCCUGGGGAGGAUGGAGCACAAGGACUGGUACAAGGUCCUGGGGGCCAAACCUUCAGACAGCCCAGCAGAACUCAAAAGGAAAUACCAAAAACUUGCUUUGUUGCACCACCCCGACAAGCAGGCGGCGGGCGCGGCGGAGGCGGCGGCAGAGGAGCGCGGGCAGCGGUUCCUGGAGAUCCACCAGGCCUGGAAAGUUCUGAGCAACGAGGAGACAAAGCAGGAGUAUGACCUGCAGCAGCGUGAAGAUAACCUGACAAAAGAAUGGCCACUUCAUGAACAGAUUUAUCUUGAGGACAUGUCCUGGAAUGAAGAUGAACAACUCUACACUCUGUCCUGUCGAUGUGGUGGGAAUUACAGUGUCUCCAAGAGUGAAACCAAAGAUGUAUCUUUGGUUUGUUGUGACACAUGUUCACUUGUUAUCGAGAUCCUGCAAUGAUUGUUUCAGUGAAGCACACUGAGUGUUACAAACUGUUCCAAAGACUGGACAAACACCUGAUGGAAUCUACUAAAGAAAUGUAUGUUAAAGAAAAGGGGGGCACUACAAGAAUGAGUUCAUUCAGGGUUAAAAAUGACAAGUUCCCCUUUGCUCACACAGCUGGGAUUCUCCUACUGCAGCUGAAGAGCUCAUUACUCAACACCUCCAACCCAGAACAGGAGUUUGUACAACUGGAAUGCAUCUCCUGAUCUAAAGGUCUCUUUCCCAGCAAACAACAGAGCAGCUUCUUCCAAUUUCAGUCUGAAGCAGCUCUUGGGCCCUUCUUCUUAGGUUAAAUCCUUGCACAGCUCAGAUGACACAAUUCAAUCAGGAGGCACAGAUGUGAGAAUGCUUUGAAGAUAAUGAAGAGCAAAGUUCAACAGUGGGAAACAGGAACAUUUUCCAUUUGUAAGCUAAAUAUUUAAGUUCAUGAAAUCCUCUCAAGGGCUGGGGCCCAGGAGGAGGAGGCAGAGGCUGGCAGCUGGAAGCAGUGGCUGUGCCUGCCCCAUGACAGUGGCAUCACCUGGAGCAGGAGCAGGAGCUGGGCUGAGGCUCUCCGUGUCAGAACAAAUGGAGUCAUCAUUCCUGAGAGGACAGCUAAGGAGGAAGCUGAGCUCUGACCCCACUGGGCAGCCAGAGGAAACCCCACCAGCAGGUCUGGAACCCCACUGGUGCUGUGUUCAGUGCCAGCCCUGGCACCACCUGCUGAUGGCAGGCACAUCAUUUUGGUUGAUGACACAAGUGUAUCAUUCCCAUUCUGAAGUUAGGUGUAAUCUCAGAAAGAGAUAUCUUUGUCAAGUAAUAUUUGUGUUUAUUCUAAGCAAAAAUAGUUCCAUUCAAUUUAGUAGAAAAUACUAUGAAAACAGUCAAUAGUACAUAAGUCUUUUAAUCAUCAAGAAAUCUGUGGCCGUUGGGGCUUGCACGUAGAAAUCCAAAGUCAUUCAGAGGCCAUAUCUGUAAAAUAAAGAACAGUUACAAGAGAUUUAAUCACAAUCCAAAAUUCAGUGUUUUCAUUUGUUAUUGGAAUUGUUUCAUAAGCAUCAUCAUUUUUUCUCUCUUUGGUAAAGAACUUUGCUCACUGAUGUGCUUCUCUUACUAGGAGUAAUUAAUCCUGUGUGUUACAGGGAAUUGUUCCAGAGUGUGAAUUUUACAAUUUAUACAGGAGACAUGCUUUGCUAUGGAGAGCCUCAUGAAUUCCAUUGCUUUUUUCAGCCUUGGAAAUAAAUAUGUUCCUAAAGA